GUAGACGGGAUGGAACCAGCUACGGAACUCUAUUUGGGAAAGCAGUGGAUUUGGGUGGACCCCGAAAAGAAUUUUUCUCAAUUCUUAUGCGAGAAAUUCAGCAGAAAUAUUUUAAUCCAGUAAAGGAAUGGUCCAAAGAUUACGAAGUGAUUGGAAAGAUUUUUGCACUAAGCAUUCUUCAGAAUGGGACUUUACCACGUAUUCUCACAACAGAUUUAUUAGAAGAACUUUUUGAAAAGGAGAACCCCAGAGAAUUUGUAAAAGAUCUUCGCAUGGGACUUGAUUCUUUAGGGUUAUUUCAGUUGGUGAAAAGUCUACCCCCAUUAGUACACUUGUUCACACCAAGUCCGUCAACUCCAGUUACUUUCAAGAUGAUAACAACGAUACUGAGGCCUGAGUUUUCAGAGGAAGGCUCAAAUAGAAGGAAAAGAGAAAAUAGAGUUUAUUCUAAAUUUAUAAAAUAUAUGAGAGAAGCUGCUAGUGGAAGAAGAGGCGAUGUGAAUUUAGCCAAAAUUCUAAAAUUUGGAACCAGUGUGGAAGAGGAACCGAUUCUAGGAUUUUCGAUGCAUCCAAGUCUGCAUUUUUCUGAACGAAUUUCUUAUCUGCCAACAGCAAAUACAUGCAUCAACCGUAUAACGCUUACAGUUCCAGAGACUGAAGACCAACUUCCUGAAGAUAAUGUCUUAUUCAACUUAUUUGAUUAUGCUUUUUGCAACACCUAUUAUGGAUUACAAUAG